AUGAACAGGGACAUUUCGGACUUCAUGCACCUGUCGCGGCAGCAGGAGCGCGUCCGCAACAUCUGUAUCCUCGCGCACGUCGACCACGGCAAGACAACGCUUACCGAUCACCUCGUGGCCUCGAACGGGCUCAUCCACGACAGCAUGGCCGGGCAGCUGCGGUACCUCGACAGCAGAGACGACGAGCAGGCGCGGGGCAUCACGAUGAAGUCCUCCUGCAUCACGCUGCACUACCGGCACACCGCUCGCCAGGCUCCCGAGGAGGCCGCGUCGGCGCAGGAGGCGGCGAAGGAGUACCUCGUCAACGUGAUCGACGUGCCCGGCCACGUCGACUUCUGCAGCGAGAUUUCCACGGCUGUGCGGCUCAGUGACGGCGCGCUCAUCGUCGUGGACGCCGUCGAGGGCGUCUGCGUCCAGACGCACGCGGUCCUGCGUCAGGCGUUCGAGGAGUGUCUGCAGCCGUGCCUGGUAGUCAACAAGGUCGACCGACUCGCGCUGGAGCUCUACCUGUCGCCCGAGGAGGCCUACGAGCGAAUACGAUCCAUCAUCGGCGAAUGCAACCGCAUUCACAGCCUCCUGCACAGCGAGACGUACCUCCAGCAAACGGACGACGCCGCCGAAGCUGCGGGCGACGACGAGGAGUACAACGGGGAGGCGCCGCAGGUGGACGACGACGACGUCGAGGACGUGUUCUGUCCGGCCAAGGGCAACGUCGUCUUCGCGAGCGCGUUCGACGGCUGGGCGUUCCAGGUGGAGCACUUUGUGGGUAUGUGGACUAAAAAGCUCAAGUGCAGCGCCGCGGAUGUGCGGAGUGCGAUUUGGGGCGACUGGGCGUUCCAGGCGAAGACGAAACAGUUCGUGCCGUUCGACUCCGACAAGAAGACCCAGGGGGGGGGUGUUACAACCAAGUUGAAGCCAGUGUUCGCGCAGUUCGUCCUGGAGCCGCUGUGGACCGUGUACGCCGCGUGCAGGGACUCGUCCGGCGACCACGGCCCCAAGCUCGCGAAGCUCAGCGCCGCCCUCGGCAUCACCGUCGCGCCGCAAGCGUUGCAGCACCCCGACCCGCGCAACGCGCUGCGGUCGUUCUUGCGCGCCUGGCUGCCCCUCGCGAAGGCCGUGCUGAGCACGGCCGUGGAGCACGUGCCCGCGCCCUCGGCCGCCGCCGCGCACCGGAUCCCGAAACUCGUCCCGGGGGUUGGAAGUGGUAUGACAGCGUCAGGAAACACGCAGGCGGCGGAGCCCACGGAGCUGGCGCCUGUCCGGCAGGCGCUCCUGACGGCCGACGCCUCCGAGGACGCGCCCGUCGUCGCGUUCGUCGCGAAGAUGAUCGCGGUGCCUGCAUCACUCCUCCCGGGGGGUCUCAGCACCUCUGCCAACCAAAUGGCGUUCCUCGCCUUCACACGGAUCUUCUCGGGGGUCCUCAGGGACCAGAGCGACAUCUUCGUCCUCUCGCCUGUGCACGACCCGGCGGCGGAGUCGUCCUUUCGGUGCACACGUGCAACCAUUGAUGGUGUUUUCAUUAUGAUGGGCCCGGCGCUAGAACGCACGAACUGCGCGAGCGCAGGGAGCGUGGUCGCGCUCGGCGGACUGUCCCUGGAGAUCCUCAAGAGCGCGACCAUCGCGAGCACCCCGCGCUGCUGGCCGUUCCGCGGAAUGUCGUAUCAGACGUCGGCGCUGGUGCGCGUGGCGGUGGAGCCCGUGGUCCCCUCCGACAUGCCGCGCCUCGUCGAGGGCCUCCGGCUUCUCGUCCGGGCCGACCCGUUCGUCGAGGUGUACAUGAUGGAUUCCGGGGAGAACGUCGUCGGCGCCGCGGGCGAAGUGCACCUGCAGACGUGCAUGGACGACCUCGUGAAACGGUUCGCGGGAGUGCGCGUGCACGUCUCGCCGCCGCUGGUGUCGUUCCGCGAGUCCCUCGCGGACGGCGCCGACGAGCCCGCGGCCCCCGCGGACCGCCGCACCGUCAGCAUGCAGCCCAGCAGCAAGCGUCUGACGGUGCGCGCAACAGUCCACCCCCUCCCGGGGUGUCUCGCCAACGCCCUCGACGCCAACUCCGCCGAGCUCCAGUCCCUCAGCGCAGCGGCCCUGCGCGCCGGCAACGCCGCGCUCCCGACGCAGGACGCGCCCGCGGAGCCAAAUACAAACACCGCGCCGCCCGCAGACCUGAAAGACAGUCUCUCGGCCGCCGCAGACUCCGACCCCGACCCCGCCGCGCGCGUCGACGCCGACGCGCUCCGUGGCAAGAUCCUCGCCGCGGCGCGGCAGGCGAGCGAUUCCGGCUGCGCGCAAAUGCUCGAACGGGUGUUUGCCAUUGGCCGAAAAAACGCAGGAGCCUGCAUGCUCCUCACGCGGCCACGCGGCAAGGGCGCGCUCCCGCCUGCAGCAGCGCACAGCGACGAGGCGCACACGACGGCGUUCCAGCUCGACAACGCGCGCGUGUCGGCGCUCCUGGGGCUGCGCGAGGGCGUAGAAAGCGGCGACGGCGACGGCGACGGCGAGGCGGCCGGCGGGGACCACCUGCGCGUGACGGUCGAGAGCGCCCUGGUCGCGGGCUUCCACCUCGCGUCGGAGGCCGGGCCGAUCUGCGACGAGCCGAUGUGGGGAGUCGCGUUCGAGGUGGAGGUGUUAUUGCACGGGGACCUGGGGGAGUUACAGGCCAAGGCGGCGACGCUGUCCGGGGAGAUCAUUUCCACGGUGGCGGACUGCUGCAGGAAGGCCGUGCUCGAGGCGCAGCCGCGGAUCGCCGAGGCGAUGUACAUGUGCGAGGUGACGACGUCCGCGGAGGCCCUGUCCGGCGUGUACGCCCUCCUCGGCCGCAGGCGCGCGCGCAUCAUCCACGAGGAGGCCCGCGAGGGCACGAACCUCUUCUCGUUGCGCGCGCUCCUGCCCAUCGACGCCUCCUUCGGGUUCGCGGACGAGAUGCGGCGGCGGUCGUCCGGCGCGGCGCACGCGCAGCUGAUCUUCUCGCACUGGGAGCGCGUCCGCGGGGAUCCGUUCGCGUCGCUCGAGCCAGUAGAGACGCAGGAAGAGGAAGAGGAUGAGGCGGAGCGAUUGACGCUGGCGAGGGACAUUGUCAACCGGGUGCGGCGGCGCAAGGGGCUGCCCGUGGACGACAAGGUCGUGGAGCGGGCCACCAAGCAGCGGACGCUCGCGAAGAAGCGGUAG